CGCGUAAAGCCAGAAACUUACCGUCUGCGAGCCAGAAGUUAUGGGUGUCUCUUUUCAGAAGCUGUGCCUUCUCCUUUUCGUUAUAGUUUCCUUGUCUGGAGGAGCCCACGCCUUCGGAGCUGGGAAUAUCGCGUCAAUCUCCAAGAUAGAAGGCCAGAACUGGCGUCAUGGAGACAUUGAAGAUGCUCUUCUAGGCUUGUUUUUGGCUCGCGCUGCUGGAGGCCGGAAAUUCAACAAACUUGAUGUGCAGCGAGUUUAUUUCGGAAAUUGGCUGCGGGAUUACAGCCAGGCCGUAGACGUUGGAACUGUAAAAUAUGUUAGCGCCGAGGCUAUUCGAAUCCUUUUAUGGGUUCUCGGUUUUCUGAGUUUUGGAUAUGGUACGAAGGAGUUCGAAGUCACAACAGAGCGUUUGGGGUGCUAUCAGCCCACUGAACAUAUUGAUAAUCCUCUUGGAUACGCUGAAGGCGAAGACGCCCGAGACUAUGACCGGCGCCUCAGGGGCCCGGUUGAUGAGGAGCGUGAACUGGCUGUUGAUCCUAAGACAGGCCUCAAAAACUACAUAGCGAAUGAGCGCAUAAAUAUUGCAACUUCGGCUGCCCUUGUACGACGGCUAUUCGGCCGAUGCGUUCAAUUGGGCCGGAGAUACGCGAGGUCUAGGAAUGACGAAGAUCUGCAUGAAGCUCUCCGUCUACUUGGAACCGGUUUGCAUUGCCUGGAAGAUUAUGCGGCCCACUCCAAUUAUGUCGAGCUAAGUCUCAUUGAACUUGGUGAAUCAGAGGUAUUUCCGCAUGUCGGCCGUGAUACUAAGGUCGAGAUCGAAGGGGUGUCAGAUCCGGUUUAUCCUAUUGUGACUGGCACCUUUGGCGGGGUAGAUUUUUUUCACUCUGUGCUCGGUGAGAUAUCGGACAAGGCAACGCAGUCCGAGAUCCAAGAAUUGGAGGGUGCUAUCAAUGAAUCCCAGAACGGUUCACCGUCUGAUAGUUUCCUUCAGAAUCUACUCGACAAAAUCCCUGAAGGGUUGAUUGGGAACAGCGACGAAAAAGUGAGUAGGAUGGAUGAGCUCAAGGCCGAGUCAGAGGACGCAAAGAAGCAAAACAGACAUGUUUCUCCUCGCCAACCAGAAGAGUGGACUAAAUACCUCGAUGACGUCCAAAAAAAGAUCUAUCCCGUUCUGGAGUGGCACGAUGAAUUGCUCAAGUCUAUAAAUGAGGCUAUUGAAAAGAUCCCGGUCUUGCCGGAGCUAAUUGAACAAGUGCAGGAACAGAUAACCAUUGCUGUUUUCUCAAUUCUUGCACCCUACGUCCUGCCCAUCCUUCAGCAGGUGAAAGCUGAGCUGCAGACUGGAUCAUCCGAAGUCAUCCAGAGCAGCAGGGAUCAGCAACAUGUGGUCUUUAACGAUGAUUCUUGCAGCAAUCCCACUCAUUCGAUGCUUUCCAAAGAUCACUUUUCAAAUAUUCUUAAUGAACCGGCCGGUCGUGUCGCUUCCCAAAUUGUCAAAUGGACAGUGCCGCAGCUGAUGGAGCUAUGGGAUGAUGAAGAGGCUGACAUAGAACCAACCCUGGAUAGAAUCGUUUCCGGUGUCUUCCAUCACCCGGCCUCGCGACGUGGUGGAAGAGAUGGCGCCAGAGAAAUCCGUCGAAUUAUGUUUGAGACCGUGCAAAAGUGGUGGGAAGGGAAAUCGGAACGCGAGAUUCGCAGUCUCCGUGAGCAGCUUUCCCGCGAAGGUGUACGGGAGGGCAGGAAUCACAAAGAGAGCGUGCACGAUUCUGGACAUGGCUGUGGAAAACCACUUAGCCUGCACAAGGGCCCGCAGAAUUCCAGUCAAAGAAGGAAGCCCGAAGUCGGUCGCAUCGAGAAAAUAGCUUCAGAAGCUGCUGGUGGAGGGGCUCUGGGUGGCCUUGUGGGCGGGCUUGUAAGUGGCGUCAGCUCGAUGUUGCUCAACGAGUCUGGAGGAAAAUCGGGCGAAGAACACAGUUACCAAAAACAUGGGUCUCUAGAUGAAGAACGAAAUGAAGAGCAUCAUUACUCGACUAGACGCCGCCGGGACUCGAACGAGAAAGAUGGGCAUCAACAUCGCAAGGAUCAUGGCCGAGAGCAGUUUGGAUCACCCAAGGACAGAAAGCAUUCCGAUGAUGAACACAAGCGGCACAAACACCAUCGCAGACGUUCUAGCAAGCAUCGAAGCCAUGAACGUUCCCGUUCAAAUGAACGUAGCAGUGACUCUGAGAAUGAGCGAAGCGAGCACGAAUACCAGUAUACACGACGUGAACAUCAGUAUGACGAUGGACAGCGCCAGUAUGUUCAUCAAACUUCUGAGAAAUAUACCGAGCGUGGCGGAUACAGAGCGGAGUAUACUGAAUCGAGUUCUGGGUAUAAUACUGUGACCCGGACCGGACACUUCCAGGACAGCAUGCCUAGACAGGAGUUUUCUUCCGGGUAUGUGGGUUCACAACGAGAGUAUGGUGGCCCGGCUAGUGAAUAUGGCUUGCGCAGUGGUUAUGGUUCUGGAAGCAGUCACGGCGCUCGUGAUGACCAUGGCGCUCGCGAUGAGUAUGGCUCUCGCGGCUAUGGUGAAGCUCAUGAUCAAUAUGGUGCAUCGGGUGAUGGAUAUGGCUCGCGCGGUGGUUAUGGUUCUGGACGCAGUCAUGGCGCUCGCGAUGAGUAUGGCUCUCGCGGGUAUGGAGAAUCUCAUGGUCAAUAUGGUGCAUCAAGUGAUGGAUAUGGCUCGCGCGGUGAUUAUGGUUCUGUCGGCCACGUCCGUCAUGAUGAGUAUGGAUACACUUCCAAAGGUGAAUACGAACCUCAAGGAUACGAACGCCAAGGAUCUCAACUUCAAGGUGGAUAUGGAUCUCGCGAUGACUAUGGCUCUCGGAAUGAAUACCAUUCGCAAGACGGUUACAGACGACAGAACUACGGCAAAUAUUCGCAAGGCGAACACGGCCAGCGUGGUGAUGAGGACAGGAGUUACGGGUACUAA